GUCAUCGACGGCUUUCCUCUUAGUUACCGCCAAAACGGAAAACGAAAACCCGUUUACAAUUGCGCAGUUGUUUCACUGUUUGACUUUCAAAAGCCUUGAAACGUGAACUACACGUACGAGUCUCUUCAAGCGUGUCACACGCGUGCAAAAUAAUCGCUGGCAUAAGGCGGUGGUAGUUUUCCAGCAUCGCGGAAAGGUGUUGAUGGCGUUAAUGCGGGUAGCGCAGCCCCCAUCUGAGUUCAUUUUUAUGGUGGGGUCUACUCUCUCUCUCAAUCUGUGCAGAGACAGCUAUUACUGAGCCUGCCAUAAUCCCCACCAACUUUGAAUCCCCUCAUUCAUGGCUUCUCUGUGCUUGCUCUCUUCCUUUUUCCCUCCUUUUCUUUCCUACACCCACUUCUGAAUCAUCUUCAAUGCCAUUUGCAUUUUCACAAGUUUUUGUUUGUUGGGAACCUACUCUUUGAUUUUGCGUUAACUUGCUGAGUGGUUUGGUUUCCCCUUGUGGGUUUUGUCAAGGGGUGGGCAUGAAGGAAAUGGUGUUGCUUAAGCUUAGUUUCAAUCACUUCAUUCUCGUGCAGCUGUUUUUUCUGGCUACCGGUGCCCAUGAGCUGCAUGGCAUUAUCUUAGAUCGUAGUGAAGAUCCUAUACAAUUGGAUAGCCAUGUGGGUUCCAUGAUCCUAAAAUCCCACCUCUUGGUGCUCCGCAGCCUCUUCUUCCUCUCCUUGCUCCUUCACCAUUAGUUCCAUUCACCAAUACCUCCAUCCCAAAAUUAUCAGGGUUUUGCACUUUGAACUUCACUGCUGCUGAAAAUUUGAUGAGUGUGACAGCAAUUGAUUGCUGGGAAAGUUUUGCACCACUUGUAGCUAAUGUAAUAUGUUGUCCCCAGCUGGAAGCCACUCUCACUAUUCUCAUUGGGCAAUCUAGCAAGUAUUCAGACAUGCUUGCCUUAAAUAGGACUCUUGCUAAACAUUGCCUAUCAGAUGUGAAACAGAUUUUGAUUGCCCAAGGUGCCAAUCACAGUUUGACACAGAUGUGUUCAAUUCAUUCUUUAAAUCUCACUGAGGCAUCUUGCCCAGUCAAAGACGUAAAUGAGUUUCAUGACGUAGUGGAUACGUCUAAGCUUCUUGUUGCUUGUGAGAAAAUUGAUCCCAUUAAAGAAUGCUGUGAUCAAAUUUGUCAGAAUGCUAUAUUAGAAGCAGCUACAAAAAUUGCAUCGAAAGGUUCUGAUCUUUUGGGCUUAAAUGGGCCACAUGUCCUACCUGAGCACUCUACUCGGAUCAAUGAUUGUCGAAGUAUUGUGCUGCGGUGGCUUGCUAGUGAGCUUGAUCCUUCUAAUUCUAAGAAGAUUCUGAGAGGACUAUCUAAUUGCAACGUUAACAAAGUUUGCCCACUGGUUUUGCCUGACAUGAGACAUGUCGCUGAGGCUUGUAGAGAUGGGGUAAAAAACAAGACAUCCUGCUGUGAUGCCAUGGAAGUGUAUGUGUCUCACUUGCAAAGGCAGAGUUUCAUCACAAAUUUACAAGCUUUGGAUUGUGCAGAGGCUCUGGCUAUGAAACUACAAAAAUCAAACAUUACCAAAGAUGUUUAUAGUCUCUGUCAUGUAAGUCUCAAGGAUUUCUCGCUUCAAGAUGUGGAAGUCAACCAUGUGGAUGUUUCAGUUAAUACUCAAGAGGCUGGUUGUUUGCUACCUAGCUUGCCUUCAGAUUUAACGUUAGAUACGACUGGGAUUAGCUUCAAUUGUGAUCUAAAUGACAAUAUUCCAGCGCCUUGGCCUUCUGCAUCACAAGUGGCGACUUCAGCAUGUAAUAAAACUGUCAACAUUCCUGCCCUUCCUGCAGCAGCAAAUGGUCAAAGUUGCCUCCAAAGUGAUUAUGUGCUGUGUCCUAUGCUUUUCGCUUUCUCCCUGCUCCUUAUGACACUCGGCUAAUUACAUGGGUUUUCUUCUUAAUGCAGCCUUCUUAGUCGUUCAACUACAGUUAUUUUUGGGUGAGUCUUAAUCCAAAGGUUAAUUGUCAUCCAACUCUGACAGGUUUUGGUAAUAGAAAAUUAGUCCGCAGGGCAAAGAGGUCUGUUUCCGAUAUCGUUAAUUCAUGAUUCUUGCAUGCUUGUGUAAUAAAAUUGUGUAUAGGAAGCUUAGGAGAUUAUAGGUUAUACAGUAGCUUGUUGAAAUUGAGAUGCAAACCUGUAUUGCAGUGGAAGAAGCUUUUUUAAGCGUCUAUUAAGUAUUAUUGCCAUCUUGUGAAGUGCAAUAUCUCAAUGAGCUUACAAAUUAUUUCAUAUCCAUGAAUUUGAUCUAGCCCCUUCAAAGGAGACAGGAGAUGGUUAAAGUUUUCUAAGUGUAUUGGUCAUUUAAAUUGGAUCAUCAGCAAAAUGCGAAUACGUAUAGGGCCUACAUAUCAUAAUUACACUCAUUUACGUUUUUUCUUACUGGUCUCUACCUCUCAUUUACUUUUGUCCUCUCUAGAGGAUCUGGACUGAUUGGUUCUUAGUCAGAGGUGUUGUAAGAUUUUGUUCAGGUUAAAUUCUCUCAACAUGUAUUCUCCCACGUCGAUGCAUUUAAGAAUUUACUGCUUAAGUGCUACCUAGAAGAAAGAAACUCAUGUUUUAAGGAUCACAUGUCAUGUCUUUAGGAUUGUUUGUGGACAAGUGUAAAUUUCUUUAUGGGAAGUGAAGUCUAUUGGGAGACCAAAUGCAUUACCUCCUAGAGGUUAAAAGACUUGCAUGUGUUAGUCAAGGGAAUGUCAUGCAGGAUUUAGUUGUGGCCGACCAAGCACAUUUGUGAAAUUGUGGAUAGCAUUGAAAGUGCCUAUCUACAACUGUUUCCAGCUACUGAUUGUACGCAUUUACUGCUGGGAAGUGGUCACUGGUUAUUGAGGAGAGAAUUUAUUUCGGAUUUCAUUUAAUAAUACAGAACAGUUGAAUCUGAAAUUCAGAUUCAUUUCAGCA